AUCAAAGCAACAAGAAGCUAGGGCAGAGGAUUUAGAGGGCAAGCAAGCAUGGGCCAGGACUUUGACAGCACUCAUCCAGCAGCAUGCGAACUCCAAAGAGAACCAGAUCUCCAAAGAGAAAAGUGAGCCCAAUGAGGGGAGAAACCUUGACUCUCCAGUUGACCACUGUGUCUCUCGACACAAGGCAUAUGGUGAAAUGGUGUGAUGAGAGGCAUGGAAGGCCAUUACCUCAUACACAGGAAUCUCAGCAUGGCUCUGCAACUUCAAGUUCUGGAAACAGCAGACACAGCUCCUUUGGAAAGAAUAUCUGCUACCCGAGGAUGGUCUCUGCCUAUGGAGGCAACAAUGAGUGUCUUCAGAGCCCAUCAGUGGCAGUGGAAUUAAUGAAGAAAGCAAUGGCAGGAAAAGUUGAAUAAAGCAGACUCUUCAUGGUAAAUCUUGUUGGUAAAUUGCCUGUGACCACAUGUGGCACAAUCACUGGAGGAACCCCAGUUACAUUUGGUCAGAGUGUGGGGAGGGGAACCUUCUCAGGAAAGAAAAUAGAGGUCCUGUUUUAGGAAAAAAAAAAAGAUCAGAAACCUG